AUGGAUGAAGGGAAUUUUGAUUCGUUCAAAAAAUUAUGUUUGAUAAUGCUCUUGUCAUCACCACAUACAGAUACACAACGCCGAUGGCGUGCUAAGAAAAAAGAUCAACAUCAUCGUACUCAGUUAUCUCUACGUCGUUUAGUAGUUGAACAAAUUAAUGAAUCACAUCAAUAUUCAUCUGGCAUUAACGAAAAUUUUAUGUUUCUUUUGUGUUAA